AAACGAUCAACACUGCAAACCAAGCGCACGAGGUGCCGCCUCUUCGUGCCGUAGGAGUUCUAGCGCUGUUCUUGGUCCUCGGUGCAUGGGUCUGGAUCUCCGGCUUCGACUUUCGAGAGAAUCGGUUUUCAGUGCAAAAGUCAGCUGUGUCUAGCUAUCAGUGUCUUUCUUGUCGUCUUCUCACAAUUCACACAGGCGUUGAAGCUCAGUCGGUUGCCCGAUCUCCCUCUCCUUGGAGCCGAACUUCUUGCACGGGAAACGUAACUACGUCCUCGACCACGCUCAGCCGCAUCGGUUUAGAUUCUGGAGGAAGAGAGUGCUUCUGUGUUUGUGUUGGCGAAGUACUCAUGAACGACGGCGGGGAAGAAACAGGAGCGACGCGACCGUUCACGGCGGG